CACAGGCAUUGCAAGGACAGCUCAUCUGAUGUAAACAAGGGUCCUUUGCGAACCCGCACAUGUUUUGUAUCCAAGCCGUGCUACGCAAUCCGGGUCCUGUCCUGACAACUAUCAAAACAUCAUUGCCUCCCAAAAUGUGGGCAUCAGGGUAUGGCUUUGUUGUGACUUCAUGAACUCUGGUGAUGUCUCGGCCAGCUCCGUCCCCAAUCUACACCCUAAGGGGUGCCAGUGGACCCUUCAACACCCUCCACUUCAGUUGCCAUGGAGGGGACACUCCCCUCCUCUUCUCUGGCUCGGGGAAGGGUGCCAUCCAUAUGUGGAAUCUUAACACCAGGAGGGCAGAGAGAACUGUCGAAGGUCAUUCUGGGAGUUCAGUCAUCUGGGUCAGUACACUUCCCUCGGCAGAUACACUCAUUAGUCAGGGACGGGACAUGAGGAUCUGUCUUUGGGAUCUGAGCAAAGGUUCCAGUGAGCUGAUGGACUCUCUCACGACAGGAAGUGUUGGAUUCUGUCAGUGCUCCUUACUGGAGACAGGGCAGCGAACGUGCCUACUCGCCUUUGCAGGAGAACAAAUUGAGGAGGUCAAGGUUGUUGAACUACCCAGUAAGACUCUGGUGUCCAGCCUGGUUCCAGAUUCAAAAUCGGGAUCGGUCAUGUGUGUCAAACUCUGGCAGCCACAAUCAGGUCCUGGACCCCUCUUGCUGGCCGGGUAUGAGGAUGGGUCACUGUUGUUAUGGGACAUAACCCAGAGGUCCAUUCUGAGUCAAACCAAAGUCCACCUUGAGCCUGUCAUGUGUCUGACCUUUGACACAGAAAGUCUGAGGGGCAUAUCGGCUUCUUCGGACAAUAAACUCUCCUCAUGGAUCCUGGACGGGCAGAAUAACCUGAAGCUCCAAAACUGCGUGACUCUAACCAACCCUGGCAUUUCCCAGCUGAGUAUUAGAGGAGAUGGUAAACUGUUAGCAUCAGCAGGCUGGGACCACCGGGUACGGAUAUUUGGCUGGAAGAAGCUGCGACCUCUGGCAGUCCUGCAGUACCACAGUGACAUGGUGCUCAGCGUUGCAUUCUCCGACCACAAGGACCCCGGGCAAAGAUUUCUGGCUGCUGGAUCCAAAGACCAACGUAUCAGUCUGUGGUCAAUCUACAAUGAGGGACCCUCUGAAAAUAAUUAAUACUCAGUGGCAGUGGUGAAUGUAGGAAAGGGGUCACCAACAUGGUGACCGCUGACACCAGGUCGCCCCCAAGGACCACAUGAGUAGCCCCUGGGCCUGUUCUAAAAAUAGCUCACCAGUGAUGGGAUGUUGUGAUUUCCUAGGAAAUCAAAUAUUGUAGAAAUUAUCAUUUGAAAAUCUAAACACUUGGAGAAAUGUAUAGACAUAGUGUUACAUAUUGAUAUUUAUCUGUUUCCUACCUUGUAAAAUCAUUGUUGAUAAUUAUUGUGAGAAAUAAUUUACAUGAACAUUGUCUUCCAAAAAAAUGAAUCUUAAUUCCAACAUAUAAUUAAAGGUAAUUUGAACAAAUUAGUCAUUUCUGAAGUGUGUUUCGAACUGGCAGCCCUUUGCAUUAAUCACUACCCAAGAAGUAGCUCUCAGUUUAGACCCCUGAGGGGAUUUAUAUAUAUCCAUCCAUCCAUUUUCUGAGCCGCUUUUCCUCGCUAGGGUCGCGGGCGUGCUGGAGCCUAUCCCAGCUGUCAUCGGGCAGGAGGCGGGGUACACCCUGAACUGGUUGCCAGCCAAUCGCAGGGCACAUAGAAACAAACAACCAUUCGCACUCACAGUCAUGCCUACGGGCAAUUUAGAGUCUCCAAUUAAUGCAUGUUUUUAGGAUGUGGGAGGAAACCGGAGUACCCGGAGAAAACCCACGCAGGCACGGGGAGAACAUGCAAACUCCACACAGGCGGGGCCGGGGAUUGUACCCGGGUCCUCAGAACUGUGAGGCUGACGCUGUAACCAGUCGGCCACCGUGCCGCCGAUUUAUAUAUAUAUAUAUAUAUAUAUAUAUAUAUAUAAAUAAUUUAAGUUAUUUUUUUCCCUCAUUAAUGUACACACAGCACCGCAUAUUGACAGAGAAAAACAGGUUUGUUGAAAUUUUUGCAGAAUUAUUAAAAAAGUAAAACUUAAAUAUCACACAGCCAUAAGUAUUCAGACCCUUUGCUCAGAAUUUAGUAGAAGCACACUUUUGAGCUAAUACAGCCAUGAGUCUUUGUUGGAAUGAUGCAACAACUUUUUCACACCUGGAUUUGGGGAUCCUCUGCCAUUCCUCCUUGCAGAUCCUCUCCAGUUCUGUCAGGUUGGAUGGUGAACGUUGGUGGACAGCCAUGUUCAGGUCUUUCCAGAGAUGCUCAAUUGGGUUUAAGUCAGGGCUCGGGCUGGGCCAUUCAAGAACAGUCACGGAGUUGUUCUGAAGCCACUCCUUCGUUAUUUUAGCUCUGUGCUUAGGGUCAUUGUCUUGUUGGAAGGUGAACCUUCGGUCUGAGGUCCUGAGCACUCUGGAGAAGGUUUUCGUCCAGGAUAUCCCUGUAUUUGGCCGCAUCCAUCUUUCCUUUGAUUGCAACCAGUCGUCCUGUCCCUGCAGCUGAAAAACACCCCCACAGCAUAAUGCUGCCGACACCAUGCUUCACUGUUGGGACUGUAUUGGACAGGUGAUGAGCAGUGCCUGGUUUUCUCCACACAUGCCGCUUAGAAUUAAGGCCAAAAAGUUCUAUCUUGGUCUCAUCAGACCAGAGAAUUUUAUUUCUCACCAUCUUGGAGUCCUUCAGGUGUUUUUUAGCAAACUCCAUGCGGGCUGUCUUGCAUUCAGAAGAGGCUUCCGUCGUGCCACUCUGCCAUAAAGCCCUGACUGGUGGCGGGCAGCAGUGAUGGUUGACUUUCAAGAACUUACUCCCAUCUCCUGACUGCAUCUCUGGAGCUCAGCCACAGUGAUCUUUGGGUUCUUCUCUCACCAAGGCUCUUCUCUCCCGAUUGCUCAGUUUGGCCAGACGGCCAGCUCUACAAAGGUUUCUGGUCAUCCCAAACGUCUUCCAUGUAAGGAUUAUGGAGGAACCUUAAGUGCAGCAGAAUUUUGUUUGUAACCUUGGCCAGAUCUGUGCCUUGCCCCAAUUCUGUCUCUGAGUUCUUGAGACAGUUCCUUUGACCUCAUGUUUCUCUUUUGCGCUGACAUGCACUGUGAGCUGUAAGGUCUGAUAUAGACAAGUGUGUGGCUUUCCUAAUCAAGUCCAAUCGGUAUAAACAAACACAGCUGGACUCCAAUGAAGGUUUAGAACCAUCUCAAGGAUGAUCAGAAGAAAGGGACAGCACCUGAGUUAAAUGUGUGUCACAGCAAAGGGUCUGAACAGUUAUGGUUGUGUGAGGUUUCAGUUUUUCUUUUUUAAUUAUUCUGCAGAAAUUUCAACAAUUCCGUUUUUUCUGUCAAUAUGGGGUUCUGUGUGUACAUUAAUGAGGGGAAAAAAUGAACUUAAAUGAUUUUAGCAAAUGAGUGAAAAUUUUUAGGGGGUCUGAAUAGUUUCUGUACCCACUGUAAAUAACAAUAUACAUAAUAGGGCGUUAUAUUGUACAGUAGACAUUUAUAUUGCACUAUGAUAUGUAUUGAUCUAUUGUACAGCCAGUGUUGGGAAGAUUACUUAGGAAAUGUGUUUGGCAGGGCAAGUCAAAUUUAUUUAUAUUGCGCAUUUAAUACACAAAGUAAAUCAAUGUGAGGAGACUGAAGGGAGAAACCCCCAGAAACAAACAAGAACUGAAAGAGACUGCAGUAAAGGCCUAGAAGAGCAUUUCAAAUGAAGAAUGCAGCAGUCUGGUGAAGGUCAGGCUUUAUGCAGUUAUUGCAAUUAAGCGUUAUGCCACCAAAUAUUAAAUGUUAUUCAUUUUCUGUACCGCUUCUCCUCAUGCGGGUCGCGGCCGUGCUGGAGCCUAUCCCAGCUAUCUUCUGACGAGAGACAAGGUACACCCUGAACUGGUCGCUGGCCAAUGUCCCAAUAUUUUUGCUCACUUGAAAAGUCGGUGGCUUCAAACCAAAGUUCUGUCCUGAGUUGUUUAACACAUCUCGAUGUAAAUACCAUGAAAUAAAAGCUGGCAUUCCGAA